AUGACAGGAAGACGGGCGAUUCGUAUUGGAAAUUGCUCUGGUGCUGGCGGCGAUGGCCCCGAUCAACUUUACCGUUUGGCCACUGAAGGUCCUUUGGACGCUGUGUUUGCCGAUUACCUGGCUGAAGUGAAUAUUGCCUGGCGAGCGCUUGAGAAGGAAGAGCAACCGGAUUUAGGGUAUGAGAAGGGAUUCCUCGCUCAUCUUAACUACAGGAAUGCUGCAGAGGUUAUCGCCCAAAAGGGAAUCAAGAUCGUCCACGACGGAGGAGCCCUCAACCCCUACGGCCUAUACAAAGCAACCAAGGAACUAUUGGAGAGCAAAGGCCUAGGUGACAUCAAGGUGGUCUGGGUUGACGGUGACAACGUUACAGCAGAUGUCCAGGCUGCUCAGGAGGCUGGUAAAGCUGAACAGUUCCCUCAUCUGGAUAUCGACGGCCAAGAUCUGAGCGCACUAGAGAAUCGCAUUGUGUCAGCCAACGCGUACAUUGGUGCUAAGGGAAUCGUUGCCGCAUUGAGUGCGGGUGCCCAAAUAGUGAUCUGUGGUCGGUGCUGCGAUGCCUCUCCGGUAAUCGGUCUAGCUUCCUGGUGGCACGGAUGGUCUGACAUGGACUAUGACAGACUCGCUGGAAGUCUGAUUGCUGGACACUUGACAGAAUGUGGCCCGUAUACAACAGGAGGCAAUUUCUGCGGCUUCAAGUCCAUCCCCAAUCUUGUCCGGGUGGGAUAUCCUAUUGCAGAGAUUUAUGAUGACGGCAGCUCCGUUAUCACGAUUCACCCCGGCAGCAAUGGUGCUGUGACUGUGGACACCGUCAAGGCGCAAUUGGUCUACGAGAUCCAAGGACCAAACUACCUUAAUCCUGACGUUGUCGCUCACUUAGAAGACACACGAAUCGAAGAGGAUGCCCCAAAUAGGGUUCGUGUGACCGGCGUGAAAGGAAGCCCGCCACCCCCUACAACCAAGCUUGCGGUUUGUAGCUUUGGCGGUUACCAAGCUGAGAUGGCCACGUAUGCCGUUGGGCUCGACAUCAAGGAGAAGGUUGAACUCCAGCGGAAACAAAUCCUAGAUUACCUAGACCAGUCGCGCUUCUCGACCAUUGCUAUCGACGCGUACGGAAGUGUGCCUGAGGAUCCCAAAUCGCAAAAGGAGACGACAGUCAUGAUUCGCCACUUCGUCCAGGCACCUACAAAGGAGGCAAUUGGUCACUUCACGGAAGCAUUCAUGUUUUGUGCGAUGCAGGGCUAUGGUGGCUUUCAUCCACCAGGAUGUAAAGGAACAUGGACCUGCGCGUUGGCACCGAAGCCCUAUAUCCGGUACUUUCCAGCCCGCUUUCAACAGUCUGCUUUGAAAGUACGGGUUCAUGUCGAAGGGCAACUGCCUAUCGAGGUUGAGUCGGUCCCGAAAACUGAACCAUUCGCUGGCCAGCCAUCCUACAAACCGAAGAGCCCUGUUGAUUUGCAGUCGUUCAGCCCAACCAAACGCGCCCCUCUAGGAUCCAUUGUUCUUGCUCGAUCUGGAGAUAAGGGUGGUAACGCGAAUGUCGGCCUUUGGUGCUUUCAUAAUCUUCUGGGCGAUGAUUACCGGCCGGAAUACAGGGUCGAGCGUUUUGAACUCCCGCACCUGCAUGCGGUACAUUUUGUUACUUACGGUAUCCUUCAGGAAGGUGUCAGUAGCUCGUCGAUUAUCGACGGGUUUGCCAAGAGCUUUGGGGAGUUUGUGCGUGUGCGACAGGUAGACAUUCCUGUACGAUUCUUGGAAAGGCCUUGGGUGUAG